GAAAGUCACCUAACGUUCCGUUAUCGUCAAAGUACACAGGAGUAAAGCUGUAUUUUAAACUUUAAAGCCAAGUCGAGUAUUGUGAAAGUAUACAGUGAAACAUAACCUUGCACGAUGUCGACGCACAAGCUAACUAACCAGGAGAGCAACGAAGAAUACAACGAAGAAGACACAGAAGAAAUCAGUAGUCGUUAUUAUCGUCAGUUAAAAGUUGAACACGAGAAAUGUCGACAAGAAAUUUACGACUUGAAACGAAAACUCGAAUUAAACGAAGCAAUGCUACGAGAGGUUCAAGAAGUAAACGAAUCGCUCGAACGUUCUCUCGAUCAACAAAACUCGGCAAAGGAAAAGAUUAUUUUCGAACUGGAAGAAAAGCACCGCAAUAUCGUGAAAGAAUACGAAAAUACCAUUUUGAAUCUCGACACGAAAUUAACAAAUCAAGUAAUAGAAAUCGAAGAAUUGCGCCAGGAUAUUAAUAAACAGAAAGAAUCGAAAACCGUAACAGUCAUGGAUGAAUUAAAAAAUAUCACUCUGGAAGAAGAGAAUGCCGCCCUUAAGAAUCGCGUCAAUGAACUUACAGUGCUCUUGCACGAAGAAAAGAAUAGAUCCGAUCAUGCUGAAGAGGCAAUUGACAAACUAAAAGAACAAUACAACGAAUCUCAAUACAUCUGUAGAAACAUCAAAGAACAACUAGCUGAAAAAACCAAAGCUCUAGAGGAUGCUCUCGAGGAAUUAACUAUGAAACACGCAGUGGUAGAUUAUUCCGAUGUAGAUCCUACACAAGAUUUACAUAAAGGGAAUUCACUUUUUGCUGAAGUGGAAGAUCGUCGACAGAAUGUUGUGAGUAAAAUGAACACAUUGCACAAAAAGUAUACAGAGGUGAAGCGCCUAUGUAAAGCUCAAGCAGCAGAAAUAAAAGUGUUGAGAACCGAACGAAUUUCGGCACUUAGAAAAUGGGAAAACGACAUGGAUCAUACCCUAACAGAAAACGACGAAUUGAUUCGGAAAUAUAAAAAUAGGAUAUCGGAUCUUGAAAGUAAAUUAAAGUCUGUAAUAAAGAAAAACGAUGAUGCAGAACAAUCGAACAGUAACGAUGGAUCGUUUCCGUACUUCCAAACUUUGUUGGAUUCUAAAAAAAAAGAGACAGAGGAACUUGGUCUAAAAAUUGAAAAUCUUUCCACGCAGUUGUUAGUCCAAGAAGAAGUAAAGAUCAAUAUCGCCAAGGAACUGAAACAUUGCCAAUAUAAAGUUUCUUCUUUGGAGGCUCAAGUAUGUUCUUUACAAAGCGAAUUAAAAUUAGGCCUCGCGGAUGAUGCGGAAUACAACAUUCUUUUGAAAGAAUUUAAAGACUUGACGCGUACGAACGUUAAUGAAAUGGAAUCGAGACAACAAACAGAGAAUUUAAACCAAGCAGAUUGUGAAGUUAUCGGUCAAUCGAAACACGAGAGAAACGAUACUCAUAUUACCCCAUCAAAUGAGCUGCAUGAAUCCGAACACGCUAGAGAUACUAAUAGCAACAAGAACAAAUGUUUAAAAAAGACUGUACGUUUUACUGGGAAUACAAACACUGACAAAAGUAACGUCAUACAGAAAUCAACAGAAGCAUGCGAAUAUCCUAUUGUGCAUAUCAGCUGACUCCAGCAGCUAACAGCUAUUCAUUUUCCAUUGCUCAUCUUAUUGCCAUGAAGUAUCGUAGCAUGCGAAUAUAUAGAGGUUUCGUUAAUAACACAUUGGCUGCUAUGCAACACGCCGGAGUGUCGCGCUCUAUAUUGCAUGAACAAACGUAAACGAUGCAGUGUAACUCGGUAUUGUAAUAUUCGAUCGUAAAGUAAAUUUUUGAAAAAUCAUGCUGCUACGUGCUAGCUAUACAGGUUCGGUAGCUAAUGUGUUGACAUUUAUUUUGUAUACGUAAAUAAAAGCGAUAUGGAACUAAUA